GCUGCUGCUUCUCAGAGUGCACUUGGUGUUUGUUAGAGCUAGAAAAUGGCAGAAGCGAUUUCUCAGGAGGAAGACUCUUUCACAUGUCCAGUGUGUCUGGAUCUGCUGAGGGAUCCAGUGGCUAUUUCCUGUGGACAUAAUUACUGUAUGAGGUGCAUUAAGGGCUGCUGGGAUCAGGAGGACCAGAAAGAAGUCUACAGCUGCCCCCUGUGCAAACACACCUUCACUCCCAGACCUGUCCUCUACAAAAACCCUCUGAUUGCUGAAAUGGUGGAGAAAUUUAGGAGGACCAAAAUCCAAGCUGCUCCACACAAUUAUGUUGGACAUGGAGAUGUGGAGUGUGACGUCUGCACUGGGAGAAAACUCAAAGCUGUGAAGUCCUGUCUGGAGUGUCUGGUGUCUUACUGUGAAACUCACUAUAAAGUUCACAAUGACCUUAACCCAGGAAGAAAACACUCAGUGGUUGAUGCCACAGGCCAGCUACAGGAGAGGAUCUGCUCUCGUCAUGAGAAGGUUCUUGAGAUAUUUUGUCGUACUGAUCAGAAUUGUAUCUGCCUUAUGUGUCUGAUGGACGAUCAUAAAGGCCACGACACAGUCACAGCUGCUGCAGAACGGACUAACAAGCAGGUGCAGUUGGGGCAGAGCCAGAGGAGAUUCCAGCAGAGACUCCAGGAGAGAGAGAAGGAGCUGCAGGAGCUGAGGAAGGCUGUGGAGACUCUCAAGAGCUCUGCACAGACAGCAGUGGAGGACAGUGAGAGGAUCUUUACUGAGAUGAUCCGCUCCAUUGAGAGAAGGCGCUCUGAGGUGAAAGAGCUGAUCAGAGCUCAGGAGAAGGCUGAGGUGAGUCGGGCUGAAGGACUCCUGAAGCGAAUGGAGCAGGAGAUUGCUGAGCUGAAGAGGAGAGAUGUUGAGCUGGAGAAGCUUUCACACACAAAAGAUCACAUCCAAUUCCUCAAGAAUAUCCCAUCAAUCAGAGACUCUCCGCACUCUAAAGAUUUACCCAGCGUGACCUUCAACCAGAGUUUCUCUUUUGAGGUGGUGAAGGAAUCUGUGUCUGCAGUGAAGGUGCAGCUGGAGGAGAAACUGGAUGGCAUCUUCAAGCAGGAAGUAGCCAAGAUAUCUGCAGCAGUGACACACAUCCAGAUCAUCAGGUCUUCAGAAUGUACUGAUCCUGAACUCCUCAGAAGAAUUGACAGUAUGAAACAUCUGCCACUAGCCAUGUCUAGUGUCCAGACUGUCUUUCCUGAAUUAGUGACCAGAGAGAAGCUUGUGCAGUAUUGCUGUCACUUCACACUGGAUCCAAACACAGCACACAGAAUCCUCCAUCUGUCUGAGGGGAACAGGAGGGUGGAGUGGAGAGCUGAGCUCCAGUCAUAUCCUGAUCAUCCAGAGAGAUUUGAUUUGUGGUGUCAGGUGCUGUGUAGCGAGGGUGUGUCUGGACGCUGCUACUGGGAGGUGGAGCGGAGUGGGGAGUGGGUUCGUAUAGCAGUCUCAUAUAAAAGCAUCAGCAGGAAAGGACUGGGUGAUGAGUGUGUGUUUGGAGGUAAUGAUCAGUCCUGGAGUCUAGAACCCCGCUGCUCCAGCUCCUAUUUCUGGCACGAUAAUAAAUGGACUAAACUCCCUCUAGUGGCCAGCUCCAGAAUAGGAGUGUAUGUGGAUCACAGGGCAGGAACUCUGGCCUUCUACAGCAUCUCUGACACAAUCACCCUCCUGCACAGAGUCCAGACCACAUUCACUCACACACUCUACCCUGGGUUUGUGGUAAAUACUAGAUCAUCAGUGAAGUUAUUGUGACUGACAUCCAGCUGCUGUUAGUAACGCUACACACAUCCAUCACAUCUCAGCUGCUGUUAGUAACGCUACACACAUCCAUCACAUCUCACAUCUCAGCUGCUGUUAGUAACGCUACACACAUCCAUCACAUCUCACAUCUCAGCGGUCAGCAUCCAGCCGGUCCUCUCUGUAGUGACCCGUGUGUUGCUCUCGCCUGUACCAUGCCCACCUGUACACCUGUACCAUGCCCACCUGUACACCUGUACCAUGCCCACCUGUACCAUGCCCACCUGUACACCUGUACCAUGCCCACCUGUACCAUGCCCACCUGUACACCUGUACCAUGCCCACCUGUACCAUGCCCACCUGUACACCUGCACCAUGCCCACCUGCACACCUGUACCAUGCCCACCUGUACACCUGUACCAUGCCCACCUGUACCAUGCCCACCUGUACCAUGCCCACCUGUACCAUGCCCACCUGUACCAUGCACACCUGUGAUUACUGCCUGUUGUUUUGUGGAUUGUCUGACCUGGAUUAUAACUACUUGGACUUUCACUGGAACAGUUUAGCACGUUUUCCUUUUCUUGUUAUGGUAGCGAGGCUACAUUUACUUUGGGAGUAUUUUUGGUUUCACAAGCUCUUGUCUUCAAGACAACAAACCGACUGCUUGUGUUUGAUUCUGAUAUUAAAUAUCAACA